AUGAGCAACAUUGAUAUAUUUACUUAUGUUAACCAAUUAUUAACUUCUACUGUACUUUCUAUAGACAAUAAAAUUGGUGCAACCGUAUUUACUGCUUUACAUUUACAUAGUAAUAAUCCAUCAAUUAAAAUAUAUUUAGAAUAUUUAGAAGAAUAUUAUGGAAUAAAUGAAGAUGAAAUUAAAUUAAUUAGUGAAUGUCUUGAAAGAAAUGACUAUAAACAAUUAAAUAAUUUAAACCCAUUACUGUUUCAUGAAGUUAUAAAACAGUCAUCAUCUGAAACGAAAGAAAAAAUUCUUUUAAAUAGUCAACAAUUUGAAAAAGAAGAUAUAAGCUGUAUUGAAACAAUUUGCCAAAACGAAGUAUUAAAUAAAAAAGUAGUUGAACAACAAAAGAAGGUUAAUAAUAUUCAACAGGCUUUAAUGAUUCUAAAAGAUGAAGUGGUAAAAACACAACUUAAAAUUAGUUAUAGUCCUAUUAAACAAGCCCAAACACCAGUAUUACCUGAAUCUAAUAUUCCUAAAAGUCGGAAUAUCUUUGUAUUCCAAAUUUUUAAUUCAGAGGAUGACCAAAAAAAAGUUGAAGAUUUAAAGAAUCAAAGAAUUAUGCAAUUAAAAAAUUCAUUAGAAGGAUUAGAUGUUGUUGACUUUUGGGAAGGAUAUGGUUCUGGAUUACUUCCUAAAAUAAUAUUAGUGGUCAUUGAAGAAUUAACAAGUGAAACAAAAAAAGAUAUUGAAUCAGUUCAUUCUCUUUAUCCUUCAUCAAAAAUUUAUCUUAUAUAUCUUUAUAAAAAAAAUAAACUGCAACAUGUUGAUUCUAAUCAAAUCGUUUCAUUACAAUUUGAUAUCCAAAAGAAAGACGGUGUAUUUGAGCAAGAUAACUCUUUUAUUCAAAUGCUAACUCACUGUCUUAAUUAA